AUAUUAACACCAGACGAGCUCAAAGGAAAUGGCCUUACAUUUUAUUUUUCAUUUACUUUUAUUUUGCAUUGGACCUAAAUAGAACUAUUAUACUAACUUAUCUAGUUUGGGUCUUAUUUAAUUUUGAGUGAAGAUUUUGUGUAUUUUAUAAGCCCAUUUUGAGCCACAAUUUUUUUUAAUUCAUGUCAGCCCACAUGCCUUAUUAAAUUUUGUAGAUUUUUGACUUUUGAUUUUGUAGAGAGAGUUAUGGCUUAUGUUUUGGCAGCAGACAUUUGUCAUAUUCAUCAAGAAUUUCAGCCACGUAUCACUCUACCAUUCACCACUUCUUAAGCCAAUCAUCUUACAUGCAAAUUUUCCUUUCCACAAUAAACUUGCCAAAACUCAAGAUCAGAUCAUUCACAGAAAAACAAAUUAUCAUCAGCUUUCUUUCCUCUCCAAAAAUUCAUUCAAAUCACAAGCAUCCCUUCAAGAAAGUUCUGUCCCAGAAAUCAAAAAUCUGAUACACCAUACAUCACAAAAACGAAGAACACAGUCUGUAAGUAUGUAUUUCUCAAGUGUUUUGCCCAUUUCAUAAGAAAAGAUUGAAUUUUUGCAUAAGAAAAAGACUGAAUUUUGCAUAAGAAAAUAUUACAAUUUUUCCUUCACCUUUUCAAGAAAUUAGAAGGUUAGAAUGAGAUAGGGGUUUUGAGGUGAUUUUGGGGAGGGGUGUUGGCCGGCGGUUUUAGCCGGAGAAGCAGAGCAGCAUCGGCUGCUCGGCGUGGCAGGAGGAGGCGGCGCCGGCGCUGCUGCUGCUGCUGUGCUGUUGUCGGACGGAGCGAGGGCGCCGGCGGUGCCAGAUCUGGAAGAAAGGAGAGGCAGCGGCGCUGCAUGUUUGGCAGCAGCCCGCCGGCCGCUCGCGGCCGAGGCAGGAGGAGCCUGAAGCGCGGCGGCGCAGCUGGUGGCUCACCGGAGUUUGAAGGGAGAGGGAGCGGCGGCAGAUUGAAAGGGAGAAUCGGAGGUGGUGGUGGCGAGGACGGCGGCGCAGCGGUCCUUCGGGGUGCUGCUGCUCGCCCGGCCAAGAGGAAGAAAGAAGAGGAGGCGGCAACUGCUGCCGUGCUGCUGUUGACGCGGCGCCGGCGGUGACUUCCGCUGCCGUCCACGGAGAAGAGAGAGGGAUGGGGAAAAUGAGAGAGAGAGGAAGAGAGAGAGGAGAAGAGAGAGAAGUCGGAGGAAAGAGAGAGGGGGGCGGCUGCCGGCCUCCGUCGGGCGGCGCCGACGUCAGGCGGCGGCGGCAGUAGCGAGAAGAGGAGAGGGAGAGAGGGAGAAAGGGAGGCUGCGUGUGGUGUGUGUGUGUGUGCGUCUGUGUGCGUGUGUUUGUGGGUGUGUGUGUGUGAUUUUCUUUUAAUAAAAAGGGAAUGAGUUAUGGGCUAGGGUUUUAGUAUUGGACCAUUAAAAUUUUGGGCUUGUUUGUUAUUUUGGGCCUAUAUUAUGAUUUAAGAUGGGUUUGAUUUAAUACAAGAAUUGGGCUGCAUUUUUAUUUUAGAUGUUGGGUUGAUUUAAUUUUUGUUAAAUCAUGCUUUACUUAAAAUUAUUUAGUUAAGAUCCUAAUCAAUUGAUAUAUUAAUAUGACUAUUUAUUCUAUUAAGUGUAAUUAUUUACCUUAUGUGAUUUUGAGAUAUAAUAUGAAUUUGCAUAGUGAAUAAUGCAAUAAAAAUAUUUUGAUAAUUUCGAUUUUUAAGAUUUUCAAUUGAGUUUUGAAAAUCCGGGCGCAGAAUAUUAAGAUUUAGCAGCUUUGUAGAAUUGUUAGCUCGUACGAUAUUUUGCGACCUAUUAAGAUUAGAUUAUCUUGUAGGUCCACUUGUUAGAAGGUUUUAGCACUGGUUUUACAAGAAGAGAAUUGUGCAAAUUUUAUCUACAGGCUUGUCCUAUCAAGGUUGAGCGGCAGGUGGUGUUGUGCGAGGCUGAGGGAGGAUGUUGCUGUAGUUCCAUAUAAUAAUUUCCGCUGCCAUAAUAUUCACUUAGGUGGAUAUCUUUUGAGAUUGACUCUUUAAAUAUUCUUAGCCUAAUUAUUAUGAACCCUUUUGGCAAUCGCAUUCUAGCAAUUGAACCUCGCAUAUAUGUAUGUCUAGUAUGAAGUCUUAUCUUGUUGUCUCAGACCUCCGAACUUUUGAUCCUAGUUGGGAAAAUUUCUAUCUUAAUUGUUCUAUUUAUUAUCCUUCAAUUGCGGCACUCCUUUAUUAACAAUGUAUUACCUGAAUCUAAGAACAUAUCACCCAUUUUAUUCUAACAAAGUCUAGCAAAUCCCAUUAAGUAGUCGUUUCUUAUUCUCCCGGGAGUCGGGCUGUUACAGAUGGUAUCAGAGCAAAAGUUCUUGGCUCUGAGACCACAAGUUCAUCGAUGUUGAGUCUAGGAUAUCAUCUCUAGGCCUCUAAAGUUUAUACAGCAACCCUCAGCUCGUCGUCACACUGCCCUCAACCAAGGUAUGUUAAACAUGUUUUCAAAAAUGUUUACUGAAAUGCAUGCACCGCAUGAAUAUGUUAUAGAACAUGUUUAGAUCGAAUAUGCACUGAGAUGGAACAUGCAUUAUGAUUGAACAUGCAUUGAGAUGAACAUGUAUUGAGACUAAACAUGAAUAGAGACGGGACACGUAUUGAGACUGAACAUGCAUUGAAACAGAGCAUGUAUGGAAACUACAAACGCAUUGAGACUGAACAUGCAUUGAGACAGAAUAUACGUAUUGAGACUGAACAUGCAAUAAGAGUAAAUGUGUUUUAAGAUUGAAUGCAUUGAUAUGAAUUGUGACUGAACAUACACUGAAGCGGAUCAUGUAUGGAGACGUCCGUACACUGAAACGCAACAUGUAUGGAACCUUAACCUAUAUUGAGACUAAAUAUGAAUUUGAGACUGAAAACAUUUUUUAUCAUGCAAGACUAUGUGCUAACUUGAUUUGAAUAUGGAAAUAUUGCAUAACUGCAUGAUAUGUAAUUUAUUACCACGAGAUUAUUCAACCACUAUGUGUUAUUACAAUUUUAGUUAGGUUAUGAACCUAGAAAGGAUAUGAUGACAGACUAUAGUCGCUUAGUGAACUGAUGAAGGAUGUCUUUAGAUUUUUAUGAUCAGAGGAUUUUAGAGGACAUGAACAGACUAGAAAUAGAAAGAACUAUACAUUGAAAGCACUGAACAUAGACAGAGAGAACAUAGAAAGUAUAGAAUGACAAGAACAUAGAAAGAUGAUCAAGGAAGGGUAAACCAUAGAAAGUCAGAAUACGAAAGUUAGAACAUCAAAGCACGACACAUGAAAGGAUGACUUGUAGACAACCAACGAUCGUUUCAGACAAUAGAUGGAUCCUUAUGUCACCAGUAUCACAGAUUUUUAUUAGAAAGAAUGAAGAAGGAGUCCAACAUUAUUAAUCGAAUGCAGAAUGGCUGGAGAAAUAGGAAGAGGACCUAACCCUGAAGGACAUGCGCCACGAAUUAUACCAGAGCGUAGUGUGGAAGAAAGGUUUCGCAAGCAUAAUCCACCAACUUUUGAUGGCCUCGGUGAUCCUCUGGAUGCCGAGAGAUGGGUAAGAGCUACUGAAAGGAUACUCAACCACGUUGGCUGUGGGGAUAGGGAGAAACUCACAUGCGCAAUUUUUCAACUCGUUGAUGAGGCUGAAUUCUGGUGGGAAUCGGUGCGACGAACCUUGACCCCCGAGCAAUGGGAGGUGUACACGUGGAAUGAUUUUAAGGAAAGAUUGUAUGAAAAAUAUAUCCCUGGAUGCUAUAGGAAGAAGAAACAGGAUGAGUUUUGGAAUUUGCGACAAGGAAGUAUGACAGUCACUGAGUACGACCGAAUGUUUAACCAGCUUUCGCGAUAUGCUCCACAUCUAGUUGACACGGAUGAGAAAUGUGCAGAAAAGUUUCGACAAGGUCUGCGGCUUGAGAUAGCCGUUCCAAUAGCAAGUCAGGGAACGUUAACAUAUGCUCAAUCUUUGAGCAGGGCCCUAAACACCGAAGCAAUACUACCAAAAGAAAAAGAGAAUGUGUUAGCACAAGCACCGACCCAGGACUAUGGAAAAAUGAAACGUAAAUGGGAAGACAGAAAUGAAGGAAACCCGGGAAAAAGAAAGCAACCAUGGAGAGGAAAUCGGCAACAACAACAAGGACAUGCGGAAGGAAAGCCGUUAUGUCCAACGUGUCAGAAAAAUCACUAUGGUGAAUGUAAGAGAGGUUCCAACGACUGCUUUAGGUGCAAGCAACCAGGGCAUUUCGCCAGAAACUGUCCAAACAAUAAUGAGAACAUGAGAAUUCCACAACUUCAUGACUUUGCCCCUCAAGGACAGAAUCAGGUACCAAUUGGCAAUGAACGACCAAAUCAGAGACAACCUGGACGUGCUAGGGCUUAUGCUCUUAACCAGCAACAAGCAGCCCAAGCACCUGAAGAUUUAGAAGGUACAAUCGUCAUAAAUUGACGUAUCUGCUUUAACAUCAAGAGCUUCACACUUUUAUCUCUACAUGCAUGUUAAGUUUAGAACCUAUGGUGGUGGAAGCUUUCGAGAUGAUAUAUAGAGAAUGAUAAGGAAGCAUGACACGUUAGUCAUAUUGGGAUUCAGAAAAUGAGAAGAGAUUGAUGGACAUAUUCGAUCGAAAGAUCAAAACUUUAUGGGGCAAGCAGAUUAUUUUGCCUUUAUAGAAUCACUACGAACGAAAAAGUAUGUGUAGACUAGAAGUCGAGUUUGCUAGCCUGGGUAUACCAAAUUUCGAGGACAAAAUUUUUUUUAGGGGGGAAGGAUGUAACA